CGAGAGAAAGCAUUGGUUGUGGGUUGGGGUGGCAUCAGCACCUGGAAGUGUAAGAAUGCAAGGAGGAUCAUCUGGCAUUGGCUAUGGUCUCAAAUAUCAGGCUCGCUGCAUUUCGGAUGUUAAAGCUGACACUGAUCACACUAGCUUCCUCGCUGGAACUCUCAGUCUCAAAGAAGAAAAUGAGGUACAUUUGCUUAGGCUUUCAUCAGGCGGAACCGAGCUCAUUUGCGAGGGUCUGUUCUCGCAUCCUAACGAGAUCUGGGACCUGUGUUCUUGCCCGUUCGAUCAACGCAUUUUCUCAACCGUCUUCUCCUCUGGUGAAUCAUAUGGAGCAGCAAUAUGGCAAGUCCCUGAGCUGUGUGGUCAGUUAAAUUCACCUCAGCUGGAACGAAUUGCCGAACUUGAUGCCCAUGUUGGUAAGAUUAAUUGCAUUCUUUGGUGGCCAUCUGGAAGACAUGAAAAGUUGAUUAGCAUUGAUGAGGAAAAUCUUUUCUUGUGGAACUUAGAUUGCUCCAAAAAGGCUGCCCAGGUACAAUCCAAAGAGUCCUCUGGUAUGCUGCACUACUUAUCUGGUGGGGCAUGGGAUCCACAUGAUGCAAAUUCUGUUGCAGCAACUUGUGAAUCAUCGGUCCAGUUUUGGGAUUUAUGGACGAUGAAGAAGACAAAUUCAAUUGAGCGUGCUCAUGUUCGCAAUGUGGACUAUGACACCAAGAAGAAACAUAUACUUGUCACUGCAGCAGAUGAAGAUGGGAUACACAUAUGGGAUCUUAGAAAGCUGAAGGUACCUAUCCAAGAGCUCCCUGGACAUGCACACUGGGCAUGGACUGUCAGCUGUAAUCCUGAAUUUGAUGGCCUCUUAUUGGUUCUCUCUCUCUCAAGUGCUGGAACUGACUCAACUGUCAAUUUGUGGUUGACUUCCACGUCUAGUGGUGGUGAUCUGCCAUCUGAAAGCUCAAUUGAAUCACCAACUCAAAGGGCUAAUCCAUUAGUUAGUUCAUAUAGUGACUAUGAAGACAGUGUAUAUGGCCUUGCUUGGAGUUCUCGUGAGCCUUGGAUUUUUGCAUCUCUGUCAUAUGAUGGGAGGGUAGUAAUAGAAUCAGUAAAGCCUUUCCUUUCUAAAAAAUGAAGUUGAACAGAAAUCGCCCCUUCACUUCUCCUGUGAAGCUGGUUGGUCGUGUUCAUCCCUUGUCUGGUUGGUUUUCAUUGCUUAAGAGAAAGAUCAGAGAACUUCAUCUGAUAACCAGAUCAAUUAAAGCCAGUAUGGUUGCAAUAAUGGAUCAAGGGGGACGGUAGUACCAAAACAGAAACUUCCAUGAAGAACUUGAUGUUUUGAAAAUCUAUUUGCAGAUGAUUGUGGUUUCACUAACAUUCAAACUGUUUUCAAGGUUUGUACCAGUCAUCAAACCUAUUCUAACAUACAGUACCAUCCGCCUCCAGGUCACCAACCCAAUAAAUUGUUCUGUAAGUUAAACCAUUUUGGUUUUAAUUACUCUUCUGUUGUUUUGCCUCUCUGGAAUGUUCAACUAGACUUGGUUGUACAGUUCAUUGGGCGCUCUGUUUAAGAUUGAUCUGGUGAAAGACCUGUAUUGUGCCUUUUCGCUCUUUGUUAUCUAUAUAAUGAGUGUGUUUGAACUCAA